CGUCUCUCAGGUGACACCGGCGGGUCCGAUCCACUGAGUCGAAGCAUUAUGCGUGCUGCUCGAUCCAGAGGCAAGGAAAAUGUCAGCAUUUGACUCGGACAAGGCGGACUGAGUGGACUGCGGAGUGUUUCCGGACAUGAGGGAUGUGUUUUGCGCUCCAGCUUUCGUUUUGAACGCGAAGUGAAUGAGGACAGGAUGAACCCAGGCAUGGAGAAGCCACCAGUACCGCCUAAGCCAAAGUUCAUUCAUGAUCGCAGGCCAGUCCUGCAUCCUUUAGUCCCCAGAAGAGAUGGCCUCGCACCUCUGUCUCCUGGCACACCGCGCAGAGUCAAACCAGCAGUUGCUCCAAAGCCCUGCCUAUCCAAACUCCCCGCUGCUGUAGAAUCCAAGGCCCCCAUUUUUAAACCCGCUCUAGAAACCCAUCGGACAGCUGUUGCUCCUAAUUCUCACAACAGGAUUCAACAUGGAAAGAAGCCUAACCAGGAUUAUAUCAUUCCUAUUUGCCUGUGCAGCCAAGAAAACUGCACAUGCAUCAACAAAAAAAUGAAGCUCCAGCAGGGCGAAAAGAAAGACUUUGAAGCAUCACACAAUGACAGGACUGAAGAAAACAAAAAGACUGUUCCUGUACCUUGGGAGUCUCAGGAUAACAAACGAGUGAAAACAAGCCAUACUGAGUGCCAAGAGAUCAACAACUCCGCAAUCAAUAUCAUCAAUCGAGAUAACAUUAAUAAGACUCAAACCCAAAACACUGACUCUAAGACCGUCAGUCCUGAAAAGACUGUUGGACCAUCUCUCAGAACAAGAAGUGACGGCACAGAUCCCAGUGCAAUACAUCAAGAUGUACCUGGAACAGGACAACAGGAUGGUAGUCUCGGCUCAAAGCCAACCGGUGUACUGCAACCCAAACGUCCCCCGCCAGUCCUUAGGAAGCCUGUCCCUGUUCCACGGAAACCCAGGAAACAUCCUCCACCCUAUCAGGAAAAGGUGGGGAAGGACAGGGAUGAAACUGUUAUCCAGGAAAGGAGGGAAGUAAGUGUCAAAGAGGCUGAGGUGGCAACAAACGGAAAGGGAUGCUCAUCCCUGUCUGCCGGCGUACCCGGCAAUGAAAAUAGUCAACCGGUGUUUCUGUCUACAAGGCAGGCCUGUCCACCACCUGUCCCUCCUGCCAAGAAAAAACCUUUGUUAUCUAACCCCUUAAAAGCACCUCUCUCUGCUACUCAGACUCCAUCUGGGGAUGUGCAUGCUGAAGAUACAAGUAACGGCAUCUAUGAGCUAGAGAUAUGCGUUGACGGCGAGGAUGACAAGCUGACCGAGAAAGUUGUGGAUUAUCAACAAGAAAGGCAUCAUCUGCCCUUCCACUCCGUGCUUAGUCCACCUGAGCACAACAAUCUUCCAGCGGUCAUUUUUUCAGCAGAGGACAAAGGGACGAAAGGCAAAAUGCCAAGGAAGCAUCGUAGAAACAACAGCACGUUGGGAUUGAUUGAGGAGAAGGAAUCCUUCGAGGAUAAACGUAUGAGUGUGUCAGAAGACUUUGAAGCAAAGCAAGCCGCCAACACUUUACUAGAUGGAGUAUCGCUGGGACUAAUGAGAAGGGAGCUGCCUUUACUUCCACAUGAGAAAGCGAACGGUGACCCUGGAACAACUGGAAACGUCAAGCCUUCUCGUAGUAGCCUUGCCAAAAAGAAGUCCAAGUCCUUUUCUACGGCAGACCUCAUUCAAUCUGAAGGACAGAAGAAAAACUCCUUUAGGAAAAUCCUAGAACUCAAGCUAGGCAAGAAGCCAGUACCAAAUAAGGUAGAAAUAUCAAACCAGACUCCUGAAUCCACUGUGAAUGAUUCCAGAGUAAAUCUUCACAGGGAUCCGUUUGCAAAUCAGAACACUCCAGCCUUUGUUGGCACUGAUAAUAAUUUCCAUUUUUCACAAACCGGCAUUGAACAAAGCGUUGACGGAGAUGAGAUUUGCUCUGAACCACAGCAGUCUCCCAUCUAUGAGACCAUUUCACUACACUCUGAUACCCCAGAUUAUGAGAACAUCGACGUUGGAAAGGCUGCCUCUCCUUCUCCUGCUCCUCCAGUUUUUCACACCGAGGGCUGGCAGAGCUCUCUGUAUGAUGACGAGGGGAUUUAUGAGGAACAGGACCCAUAUUUCUCCCUGGUGCAAAACUCCCGACAGCAUCAGAUGCCAACGGGAUAUGACAGCAGAAACUCAGCUGACGAAGAGGUGGCUUUUAUUAACGACACUUUCUCCGACGAUGACAUCGCGGUCAACUCCUCGGAUGAAGAGGAUGAAGAUGAUAGCAGUUUUAACUCGGGUAAAGAUGACCCUGAGCAGCCAGAGGAGAGCAUGGUGCAGAGGGAAAAGAAGAAAAGUAAGAUACAACACAUCGCCACGGAAAUCAUGACCUCCGAGAGCGUGUUUGUUGACGUCCUGAAGCUGCUACAUGUUGACUUCCGUGAUGCCGUGCUUGAGGCAUCUCGUCAGAACGGGAAGCCUGUGAUUGAGGAACGUCAUCUCAACCAGAUCCUGUACUACCUCCCUCAGCUCUACGAACUCAACCGAGACCUGCUUAGAGAGCUGAAGCAGAGAGUUACCAACUGGGAUGACAGUUCCCAGGUGGCUGACAUCUUCCUGAAGAAAGGACCCUAUCUAAAGAUGUACUCCACAUACAUCCGUGAGUAUGACAAGAAUGUCACCUUACUGGAAGAGCAGAGUAAGAAGAACUCCGCUUUCGGCGCUGUGGUCAAAGAAUUUGAGGCGACUCCUCGUUGUGCCAGCUUGGCUCUGAAGCAUUACCUGCUGAAGCCAGUUCAGAGAAUUCCUCAGUACCAGCUACUGCUCACAGACUACCUAAAAAAUCUGUCAGAAGACUCAAAGGACUACAAAGAUACUGAAGCUGCCCUUGCUCUUGUGAAAGAGGUGGCCAAUCACGCUAAUGACAUCAUGAAACAUGGGGAUAACUUCCAGAAUCUGGUUCGGGUGCAGUGUCAUUUGAACGGCAACCAUGAGAUUGUCCAGCCUGGACGGAUCUACAUCAAAGAGGGUGUCCUGAUGAAGCUGUCCAGGAAGAUCAUGCAGCCCAGAAUGUUCUUCCUGCUUAGCGACGUGUUGCUGUACACCACCCCUGUUCAGUCGGGCCAGUACAAGCUUAAAAACAUGCUGUCUCUGGCUGGGAUGAAGGUUAGCAAACCCAGUCAUGAGGCUUAUCAGAAUGAGCUGAACAUAGAAAGUGUGGAGCGCUCCUUUAUUCUCUCUGCAAGUUCGGCCGCAGAGCGGGAUGAAUGGCUUAAGGCUAUUUCCUCGGCUAUCAGCGAAUAUACAAAGAAGAAAAUUAGCUUUAUAUCGACCAACACCCCAGCUGAGAAAAACUUGGAGGAUACUGUUGAUGAUGCUCUUUUGGGAUCCAAAGCGCCCAUUUGGAUCCCGGACCCACGGACCACCAUGUGCAUGAUCUGCACCUGCGACUUUACCCUGACGUGGAGGAGACACCACUGCCGUGCAUGCGGAAAGGUGGUUUGCCAGUCGUGUUCCUCCAAUAAACAUCGUCUUGCAUAUCUAAAGAACCAGUCAGCACGAGUGUGUGAUCAGUGUUUCCUCAUUCUUCAGCAGCAGCAGCAAAGUGAAAUUGUCUCAGCUGCAGCAAUAACGCCUGGGAGCAAGGCGACGUUGGCAUUUAACAGGAAGCAGAAGAGAAUACCCGCAACCCUCACAGAGGUGUCUGCAAGCACUGAUGAUUCCUCCAUGAGCGGUUAUCUGCAGAGGUCCAACGGCAAGAAAAAGCAGGGGAAGAGGCUGUGGUUCGUCAUUAAAGACAAAGUCCUGUACACGUACGCCGCCAGUGAGGAUGUUGCAGCCUUGGAGAGUCAGCCCCUGUUGGGCUUCGUGUUGAAAGUGGAUUCCUCCCAGAAGCAGCAGUUUGAGCUCUACCACAAAAAUACACUUUACUACAUUUUCAGGGCGGACGAUGUCCAAACAGCCCAAAGAUGGAUCGACUCAUUCAGAGAGGCAGCUGUGUUGUAGCAUCUGUUGAGGAUCUCUGUGUGGAUUUGCCUGCGUCUUUGGAAGUAUUUUACCUCAGUGCCUCACAGGGUUAAAAAAAUAAUAAUCUGGAGACACCGUUUUUUUUUUUUUUUUCCUAUUGUAUUUUUAUUAUGUUGGAUUUUUUUUUUUUACAUUUUUGUAAAUGUUAUUUUUAUAUAUGAACAAGAAAGUUUUUUUCUCCAUUUUAUUUAUAACAUUUUAGCUCCAGGAGUUAGUAUUUCAGGCUUUCACCUAGGAUCUUGAUGCCCAUUCACUUCAUGAAAUCUGUUGAUGAUUGCUAUGGAUUUAUGACAAAUAUUGCAAUUAUAAUUUAAUUUGCUUCUGCUUUUCAGUUCUUAAUAUGUCAGAACAAAUCACCUUAAUGUUGUAGUUCUUUGUUGUUCCCUGACACCAUGCUGCCACAGUAUAAGAAAAACUCACAGACUGCACAUUUGGUGUGUUGGGCAAAGACGCACUGUAGGAAAAUAACUUCACUGUAAUAUAUCUUGCACUUAAGUCACUUAAACGGAUGUACAUAUGGAAUAUUACAUGUAAACUGUGAAGUACAAGUUGACUGUGAAGCAAAUAAAGUCAAACUUCUGUGGCUGUUUACAUCCUUAAA